CUUUAUAGUUGAGUUGUUUGUGUUUAUAUGUUAUGGCUAAGAUUGAGUAAAAACUUUGUCAUCACCAAUUGACACGUAAAAACCUUAGAAACAAACCACGUAAUAUAGUUUCAUAAUAAAGAUAACCAUUGAUAUAAGUAGGAUCAUCUCUUUUACUCUAUAUAUAACACAUAUCAUAUAGUGUGUGUCAAUUGUCAUCUACUUAAUCUUUUUGAAAAACAAUAUGACCAUUUCAUCCAAUCAACCCCAAGAGUUAUCAUCAUUAGGCUUUUAUGGGGAUGGAAGUAGUAAAAAUAUUGGUAAACAACAACAACAACAUGUUACAACAAUAAUGUUGGCAUGUGUUGUGAGCAUACUGAUUGGAGGGCCUCUUUUGGCAAUGGCAGGGUUGAGUUUCAUGGCAUCACUUGUCAUUUUACUUGUUACCUCGCCACUACUUGUGUUCAUAUUCGGCCCUCUUUCGUUAGCCCUAGUUGCGGUGUUGGUGGCAGCCGUGGCCGGUUUUGGUGCGGCUGCUGUUGUAGGGCUCGGCGCCUUAUCUAUUGUUCGAUUGAUUUGUAAGGGAACUCAGAAGUUGGAAACUCUUUAGUGUAUGUUUGUUAGUGUGUUAUGAGUGAUACAUAACACAAGAGAGUAUGUAAUGUUUGUUAAGUGUUUAUGUUAGGGUUAUAAUAAAGAGAAUGUUUCACAAAUACACAAAACUAAUAAAAAAAAAUGCAAAUUUAUGGAUGUAAGGAAUUUUAAAUAUUUUUAUGAUUUUAUUUACU